ACUAACUAUAAGAUAUACUAAUUACUUUGUCUCUUAUCUUCUUUCUUGAUGAUUGAAUAGAAAAAAAAUAUAUCCUUGACACGUUUUUACUUCCGGUACAAACAACCAAUGAGAAAUAUCCAAGUUGUAGAACACCCGGCUUCUUCUUUUGUUUAAUAAGAACCAUCACACUGAAUUUAAGAAGAGCGACGAGUGCGGUUGCGCUAAAAGUCAUCAUGGGCGUCUUUUUUGCAGCUGUACUUAUUUUUGCCAUCUCAAGCUUUGUGUCAGGUGCUGAGAAGGGACCAAAAGUUACCGAUAAGGUUCGUACAUUUCUGGCUUUCAUAAAUGACGAUAAUACUGAUACUGAUACUUGGUAGUGACUGUACUCAGACAGUACUGUAACUUGUGUAGUUUAAUAAAUCAUUGAAUAAAUGAACGUGAUUCCUUCAAUCAUUUAAUUAAUCAAUCAAUCAUCCAGUUUUUUUUAAACUUGUUCAGGACCUACUAAACUUUGAUUUUUUUUGUGUAAAACGUUUAACUUCUAGUCUACUCUUUUCAAUUGUGGGUCUCUUAGAUUUACUUAGAACUAGAAAAGUUGAAUUUUAAAUGUUUAAAUGGUGUAUUAAUUAAAUUAAAUAGUGAAUCGUAUUAUCACUUUUUAUUUUUAAUUUAAUAGCCCAUGCUUAAAGCAGUGGCAUAGCCAUAGCUAAACAUUGUGCUGCCACCAUGAGCCGACUUUGAGUUGGCACAACACCCCACCCUGCCCCUGAAAAACACUACAACUAAUAUUUCAAAUUAACUGGUUCAGAAAAAAAGACCAUAAACCCCAUAGAAUUAACCCAUAAAGAGUUCCAAUAUCUCAUAAUGAGUAAUAAUUAGUAUAAAAUAAUGCGUUGUGUCUAUUGCACCAAAAAUUCGACAACUCCUAUAAUUAGAGAAAAAAGUGACUGUAAGCUGGACACACACACCCCACCCUUCCCCCGUCCUACACCCACUAGGUCAAAGAGGCUAAUACUAAUAUGUUUUUAUCCCAGGCCCAGAGUCAUUGGUGAUUAUGUCAAUAGUUAACAGUUACAUGUAAUAAAUACCGGUAUGUCUAUAUUUAUUAUAUUUGUGUGAAUGAUUGGGCUUAACUGUUUUGUCUUCAACCUUCUUUAGGUAUUUUUUGACAUCGAGAUCGGUGGAGAGAAAGCUGGAAGAAUUGAGAUAGGACUUUUUGGAAAAACUGUCCCAGAAACUGUCAAAAACUUUAAGGCUCUUGCAGUUGGGGAUCAAGUGGUAAUUUUCAACCCAGUUAAUCUCUGAGUAUAUUUUAUUUAUUAAACUGGUCAGUAUUUAUAGCAUUUAUUAUACAUUUAUCGCUAAUUCCAAAUCAUUAAUUCUAGUUCCUGUGCCAGGUGAUUGAUUGUAGCAUUUACUACAAAAGAUGGUCUAGUUAAUUUUUCAUAUUGAACUAAUCAUUUUGUAAUGUCACAGGGCAAGGAUGGUAACACCAAACUGGCAUACAAAGGCAGCAAAUUUCAUCGCGUCAUUAAAGACUUCAUGAUUCAAGGCGGAGAUUUUACAAGGGGUGAUGGUACAGGAGGUAUGUUGGGAAUUUAAUUUUCAUGUAACUGAUCUAUUUUUUUACAACAAUGAAUGUGCCAAAUUAGAAAGAGCACAACCACUUUGUUAGAUUCUACAAGUAAACACUAAUUUAACAUAAUCUAACCAUUGUGUAUUAAAACUCAUUCAGUCUUUGAACUAUGUAGUUUAAACGAAUAUAUCUUAAUUUACAUGAUUUACACCAUCCUUAUGCAAAAAGUACAGAAAAUCUGACAUAGAGAGGACCGGUCAUCACCUUGGAGACUGUUUAGAGAACACUUGUGCAAAAUCAAUAAACAAGCCCUUUGUCCAGUUUCUUAACAUUUCAGUAAUGCUAACCAUAAUGGAAUAUUAGAUAUUGCAGUUACUGGUAUAUUGUAUGCAAGUAAUACACCUGAUAGAAUUUAUAUGGUUAUUAAAUUAAUACCAAGAUGAGGCACAUUGACCCCAUACAGUAUAAAAACAAAUUCACAAUUUAACAUAGCGGCAAAUUUCAGUGCAAAGUAUUUUUUCUGUUUGGGUUUUAAAGUUUACUUCCACUAAAUUUCUUUCCAUUCUUCUGAGCUUUGCUUUUGUUAAGGACUUGUGUCCAUUCUUUUUCUUUUCUUUCAUUUUUAGGUAGGACACAUGCAUAUGUAUUAUGUAAAUUUAAUUUAUACUUGUUUAAAUUUUUUUUUUUUGUGCUGAAGAAAGCAUUCGCUGAAAUGUUCACAUUUGUAUUAUGUGUAACCAUAAUUAAAGCUGAACCUAUUUUGUUUUAUUAACAUAUACUGUGUGUCAUUUAUUGUCUUGACGAUAUCAACACUCUUAUAAACCAUUUUUUUACCAGGUCUGAGUAUUUAUGGAGACCGCUUUAAGGAUGAGAACUUCAAACUUAAACAUUAUGGAGCUGGUUGGCUGUCUAUGGCCAAUGCUGGCAAAGAUACAAAUGGCUCACAAUUUUUUAUCACAACUAAAAAGACAGAGUGGUUAGAUGGACGCCACGUUGUUUUUGGAAAAAUUGUGAAGGGCAUGGUAAUUAUUUUUUUUUUCCUGGAUAGUGUCACAUCAGUUAAAUUAUACAGAUGGUAUGAGCUUUGGGGGAGGGGGCGUCAUUGUGGACAGAUUUCCCCUGGCCUACACUAAAAUACUAUCUGCACCAAAUUUUCAAAAGAAAAGUCUCUUAUAACAAUGGUAUAAAUUAGUUUUUCAAAAUUAUUUCUGGACUUUUUUUUUUUUUUACCCACGAACUGGUCGGCCGAUCUAAUCAGCUGAUUUUCUCUUUCUAAACUGUGGCUGCGGAUAAAAUCAGCAGAUAAAAAUUGCGUUGAAAGAAUAAGUUCCAGUCCAAUAUUUUAUACCAAAUAAAACUACUUCCUUUUAAUAAUAAAUAAACUUCAGUUUUUCACUCUUCUUUGUCCUUUUUUUAAACGAUCUUUGUCAAGCAAAUUUGUGUAAGUAGAUUUUUGCAUAAUGGAUGAGGUUCAAAACUAUGUUGCAGAUGAUUUUCUACCAACAAAAAAUAAUUGGAUGUUGUGCUAUAAAUGUUUUCUUAUAUUUCAUUUCAUGGAUUAAAUAUUUAUAUAGCAGCUAUUUAAAUUGUAUCUGUUUCAUGCUAUUUAGUUAUGUUUAUAUUGUUUAUGUCGUGCUUUGUUACUUGAACGUAAUUAUAAGUAUCAGAAGAAUUUUUUUUUUAAUCUAUUAACUAAAACAUAAUAUACAAAUAAUACAUCUUCUAAAAGAUAUGAUAACAUUUUUAUAUAUCUUCUAAAAGAUAUAUAUAAAUGUUAUCAUAUUGUAUAAACAUUAUAAUAAUGCCUUUAAAAAAUUGUAUUUAGGGGUACUUGAAAAUAAAAAAUGUCAUUAUUUUCUUUAUUCUUGUCACUACAAGGUCACGGUCAGCGGGUAUAAAAUAUCAAUAAAAAAUAUCCAGUGUGAUUCGGGUUACUUUCAAUAAAUAUAUACUUUAUGGGGUCCAGCAAUAGUAUUUGCAUGUGAAAAAUAACCUCUUUCAAAGGCUCUAAAUUCCCAGCAUGGUACAGAAACAUAACAUACACAGUUUGUGGGUUAAUUGAAUGUCCCUAGUGUCUAAAAUUGUUUUCAUAUCAUUUAAAAUGAGUGGGUAUGUUUAUCAUUUUGCUGUAGCAUACAUUUUCUCCGAAACUUCAUUUCGUGGUAUAUAACCAAUAAUUUAUAAGUUAUGGUUUUAUUACAUUAACAACUUCUUCUGUAUUUCAGGAUAUUGUGAGAAAAAUUGAAAAGACUCCUACAGAUUCCAGGGAUAAGCCAUCAAAAGAUGUUGUUAUUGCAGAUUGUGGUGUUAUAGAAGUAGAAACACCAUUUACAGUAGAAAAAGCUGAUGCCAAGGAAUAAUUCAUUUUAUUUGUUUAAUUUCUGUAGAGCCAUUUUUCAAGCAAUUUGUCAGCUGUGCUUUAAGGUUUUUUUUCUGGUAUCUUGCAUUUCUAAAAUUACUGGAUCUGUUAUAACCUGUAUGAAAUUUUACUGAACCUGUUGGUUUGUUGUGUUUUUCUUUUCUUUUAUGGUCCCACACACAUAUAUAUAAAUGUUGAAAUCAUGAUGAAAUGUUAAGGCAUAAUUUUAUUAAUGGUGUUUUGCUGUCAAACACUUUGUGUGUUUUCUUUGGUUAAAUCCCAUGUCUCUUAACUCACCUCAUGCCUUAUGUUCAACAUGUGAAUAUACAUUUUAUGAUUGACUUUAAAUACUAACUGAAGUAUACAAUUCAAUAAGAACAGCAGACCAGCCUGGACAUAAAGUAAACUUGGUCAAGUAACAUCCUUUUUCACUGUUUUUUAACCAUGAUUCUAGAAAGACAUGUGAGCAGUGUUAGAUAUUUUUCAUGUACAAGUUAUCUGAGACUUGUGUGUUGGUAAAUGCCACCCACAUUGUAUGAAAGAAUGAGUGAAUGGGAGAAUGCUUACAACGAUUAAAAUUCCAUUAAAACUUGUUAAAAAUAAAAAAUUCAUUGAAUUGGUUAUUCUUUGUAGAAAAUGAGUUGAUACUUCCUUGUGUGGAUGGACACAGAAAGCAUACAGAGUUGACUCUUUUGAAGCAAUAGUGCUGAAAUUGUGGAAGUGUUAACCUCAAUCUUUGAGGGGCAUUAAAAAUGAAAAUAUCAUUUAAGAGAUAUUUAUGUACAUUUUUCUUUAGCUUUUGUGACAUAAGAGCACUUUGAGCAUGCUAGGAGACAAGCCCUAUACAAAUACAAGUAAUCAAUGUCAUCAUACUUAGACUGAACUUUUCGAGAGCUUGUAAUAACUAUUAUUCACCUUCAGCAUAAUAAAACUGGUGACAUUAGUGCAUGUAUAGUUUGUUUUAAAUAAAGAAUGCUUCAAAAAGUAAAUGCAAAAGUUCCAUAUAUUACUGAAGUUCAUUAAAUAUUGAUGACCCUAGUGAAUUAGGGAGAGGAGCCAUUACUUGUCUUGUUCUGGGGUGCUAUGACUAGAG